AUGCCGCAGGCGGCGACUAAGCAAACCGCCGAGGAGCGGCGGAGAGGCGAGUUGGCGCUUAGCGAAUUUGCCGACUACGUUGCAAAGGAGCAGGCGCGUCGCUCCGCUUUUUCCGGUCAGGAUCCGUCUGUCGCACCGAGCGACAGCGGUUACUCGACGGCUAGCCCUUCUGUGGUAACAGAGGAGCAUGCUGAACUCGAUAUCCUGGACCAGCUCGGUCUCUCAGAUGGCCCUAAUACGGCGAAGCUGAAGGAUCUGCUACUGGGCACGUCCCCUGAUGGCGAGAACAGCUUGCAACUUCUUGCUGGUGUGGUGCAGGCGCGGAUAGAUGAGGGACACGGGGAGACCGUGUUUGACCUGGGGAUGGAGGACAAUGGCGAGUCGAUGGGGUUCGAUCUUGCUCAGUGGAAUACUGCGUUGGAGCGGCUACAGGAGGCGGCCAACACCAUCCCCGCGCACUGCCGUGUCCUGUUGACAUACAACGUGGGCGGACCAGAGGAGGCGCGUAACAAAAAUGAGAAGAUGAAGGGAGCAUGUGGCAAGGUUUUGAUCCGACAGGUCCCGGGCCGGGUGGAAGAGGUCAUCGAGACUCGGAUUGCGGUCGUGGGUAAUGUCGAUGCGGGCAAGAGUACCCUCCUGGGAGUUCUCGUGAAGGGAAACCUGGAUGAUGGCAGGGGGAAAGCCCGCGUCAACCUCUUCCGCCAUAAACACGAGGUCGAGAGCGGCCGGACCAGCUCUGUCGGUAUGGAAAUCAUGGGUUUCGACACCCGCGGUGAGAUCGUCGGCAGUGCGCAGGGCCGCAAGCUGUCCUGGGAAGAAAUCGGCAAGAAGUCUGCCAAGGUGAUCUCGUUCUCCGAUCUAGCUGGGCAUGAGCGCUAUCUCCGGACCACGGUGUUCGGGAUGCUGAGCAGCAGCCCUAAUUAUUGCUUGUUGAUGGUAGCAGCCAACAAUGGCUUGGUGGGCAUGAGCAAGGAGCAUCUAGGGAUCGCCUUGGCUCUGAAUGUGCCGGUGAUGGUCAUUAUCACGAAGAUUGAUAUCUGCCCGCCUCAGAUUCUGCAGCAGACCAUCACCCAGCUGACGCGGAUCCUCAAGUCGCCGGGUGCACGGAAGAUCCCCAUCUUCGUCAAGGACAUGGAGGAGACUAUCAAUACCGCGACGCAGUUUGUCAGCCAACGUAUCUGUCCCAUCUUCCAGGUCUCCAACGUCACUGGCGAGGGCCUCGACCUCGUCCGGACAUUCCUCAAUAUCCUCCCUCAUCACGGCCACUACAACGCAGAAGCGCCGUUCGAGUUUCUCGUCAACGACACUUUCUCUGUCCCUUUCGUGGGGACCGUCGUCUCGGGCAUAGUCAAGUCCGGGGUCAUUCACGCGGGUGAUACGGUGCAGAUCGGGCCGGACUCGUUGGGCCAGUUCAUCACGACGACGAUCAAGUCCAUCGAACGGAAGCGGAUCCCAGUGAACGUCUGCUCGGCAGGACAAUCGGGAUCGUUCGCGUUGAAGCGUGUGCGGCGAAAAGAGGUGCGUAAGGGGAUGGUCGUCUUAUCGAAAGUUGACAAUCCUCCGAAGGUCUAUCGAGAAUUUGUUGCUGAAGUUCUCAUUCUUUCUCACGCAACCACCAUUCGGCCUAGAUAUCAGGCGAUGCUACACGUCGGCGCUGUCAGCCAGACCUGUUCCAUUAUUGAUAUCGACCGUGCUUUCAUCCGAACUGGCGAUCGCGCCCUGGUUGCCUUCCGGUUUAUCCAGCGUCCGGAAUUCCUGACGCCAGGUGAUCGGGUGCUCUUCCGCGAGGGCAAAACGAAGGGCCUUGGUAUUGUCAAGAGCGUGGGAUAUGACCCUGAGCACCCUCUGAAUCCAGAAUUAAGAAAGGCCAAGGAGAAAGAGCCUUCUAAGGAUGGCAAGUAA